AUGCAAGAGCAAUCUAGCUCGCCCCAGUGUCACCUUGAGCCCGUCGAUCUCAACGACGCGAGCCAAUUCAACGAAAUCCGAGAUCAACGCAUCAUCUGUGGAUGGGAGUCCGAUAUACAAACCCUCCGAGGAUGGCAAGAUAAAGCAGAUCUAAAAAGGUUGUUUUGGAUCAUCAUUCCUGAUAACAGUACUCAUGCCGAGAAAACGUUCAUCCACGCAGGUCACAUAUCACUUGACGCGUCUUCAAACCUACUUGAUGAAUCAGGAAUCUCGAGCGGAGAAACUGAACUUUCUAUAAAUUCCGUUUUUAUCAUGCCGGAUUAUCGCUCUUUGGGCCUUGGAAAGCGGGCAGUAAAACUGGUUGAAACUAUGGCUGUGACUGAGCCAUAUGGAGAUUCGAAUUGUCGAUGUCUUACGCUGACGGCUUUGAGUAAGCGGUACUUUUAUGAUGAUGCACCGGAAUGGAGUGGAUUGUGGGAGAAGAUUGGGAUGGAGCGGCCUUCUUUCAGUAUUCAGGAAUGGUAUGAGAAACUUGGAUAUGUUAGUUGGAAGGUGGAGCCGUUAUAUGAAGAAAAAACUUUAGAUGGUGAGACUGUUAUGAUAUGGGAGGCUUUUAUGAAGAAGGACUUGAGAAGAGACUCGAUGCGUGUUGAUGGCUCAUUAUACAAUCAUACCUCUUGGGGCUCUUCAUAA